ACGAGUUGACUCUUUGACUCACGAGUCACACAACAUGACGAAAUCGAUGAAGCUCAAGAAACGAUCGCGCUUGAAGAAAGGAAUAAAAUCAACGAUAAAGAAAGAAAAUGGUUCGAGUCAUAAGAUCACUAAGUACUGGAUUCAACGAUACGAUCUCUUCUCAAGAUAUGACCAAGGUAUCGAAAUGGAUGAAGAAGGAUGGUACUCUGUGACUCCUGAAGUAAUCGCAAUUAAACAAGCUCAGAGAUGUCGUGGUAAAGUGGUCAUUGAUUGUUUCUCAGGCGUUGGUGGUAACACUAUUCAAUUUGCUAAAGUAUGUUCUUCUGUUGUUGCUAUUGACAUUGAUCCGGUGAAAGUUGAAUUGGCGAUGAACAAUGCAAUGGUUUAUGGAGUUGCUAAUCGUGUUGAUUUUGUCAUUGGUGAUUUCAUCCAAUUAGCUCCAUCUCUCAAAGGAGAUGUAGUGUUUCUUUCACCACCAUGGGGAGGACCAAUGUAUAGAGAUGUUGAGAGUUACAAGUUGGAAAUGCUUCAACCAAGAGACGGGUACUCAUUGUUUCAGAUUGCUCAGUCCAUUACGCCUAACAUCAUUAUGUUUCUACCGCGAAAUGUUGAUUUAGCGCAAGUGGAAGAACUCGCUUGGCUCUCGUCCCCUCCGCUAACUCUUGAGAUAGAAGAAAACUUUGUUGGAGGCAGAAUGAAAGCCGUAACAGCUUAUUUUAGUUGCAGUGCAGUUUACCUCAAGGGUCCUUCCAAAACUGGUUCUGCAGCGCUAUACGCAAGGAAUCCACAUAGCAAUGGAAACCUUCGGAAGCUUCAAGCUGAUGGAGGAGGAGAAGCCACGGAAGAGAACGGCUUCGUAGAUGGCGUUAUCUUAGGCCUUGACGGUGGCGCCACCUCAACGGUCUGCGUUUGCGUUCCAUUUUUCCCGUUUGGAGAUUGUUUCCCGGAGCCUCUUCCUAUCCUCGGUCGUGCCGUCGCCGGUUGCACCAAUCGCAACAGCGUUGGAGAAACUGCAGCAAGGGAUUCACUAGAGCAAGUGAUUUCUGAGGCACUUGUACAAUCGGGUUCUGAUAAAUCAGAUGUUCGCGGUGUAUGCUUAGGUGUUUCAGGUGUUAAUCAUCCCUCAGACCAGGAAAAGAUAGAAAAUUGGAUAAGGGACAUCGUCCCUAGUCACGUCAAGGUAUAUGUUCAGAAUGAUGCUAUAGUGGCUUUAGCUAGUGGAACCAUGGGAAAGCUCCAUGGCUGUGUUCUAAUUGCUGGUACAGGAUGUAUAGCCUAUGGCUUUGAUGAAGAUGGCAAGGAGGCUAGGGCAUCUGGUGGUGGACCAAUCUUAGGUGAUUGGGGAAGUGGCUAUGGAAUUGCUGCACAGGCCUUAACGGCGGUGAUUAGAGCCCAUGAUGGUCGUGGGCCACAAACGAUGCUUACAAGUACCAUCUUAAAAGCACUUGGACUUUCCUCUCCAGAUGAACUCAUCGGGUGGACUUACGCUGAUCCAUCUUGGGCACGUAUCGCUGCUCUUGUUCCUCAAGUAGUAUCUUGUGCAGAAGCUGGUGAUGAAAUUUCAGAUAAGAUCUUGGUUGAUGCAGCUGAGGAUUUAGCUCUAAGUGUGAAGGCUGUUGUACAGAGACUUGGUUUAUGUGGCGAAGAUGGGACAGCUUCUUUCCCGGUUGUAAUGGUGGGCGGAGUCCUAAACGCUAAUCAGAAAUGGGACAUUGGAAAAGAAGUCUCAAAGCGCAUUAACAGAUACUUUCCUGGGGCUCAAACAAUCAUACCAAAGGUAGAGCCAGCUGUUGGAGCAGCAUUGUUGGCCAUGAACUUCUUAUCAAGUUAACGAUUAAUCGGCCACGUAAAGCUUUAUUAUUGAAAUCAAUGUUUCUUGAAUCUUCAGAAAUGCCAUAGUGAUAUAAUUUUUUUCUCUUACUGUGGUUGUGGUACAUAUGUACAAUAGUGCAUAAGAAUCUCGUUGUCAAAUUCCAAUUCUUGUUAUUGAUCAUCUCUUUGGUUACUCAACAAGAAGAGAAAACAUUGACAGAGGAUGCGGAUUUACAACAGAAAUGUAAUGAAACUUGAGCGAAUUA